AUGUGGAUUUCUCCCGAAAAUUCUGAAAAAAAAAUCUGGAAAUCAUUUUCAGCUCGACCUUCGGAUGCCCAUCAACAAGCUCAGCAAGGCCAGCAAGUUCAAUUGAGGCUUAUCAAUCAGCAAAGGUAUGGGGGAUUCUGGAAUUUUCAGAUAAUUGUUUGUAGUUUCGGACCGGCUGAUCACGAUCCAGGUGGAAAAAAUGAGUUAGCUCAACUCGGAGCUGAGUUAUGACGUGGCAAAGUUUGGAGGGACUUUGGAAGCUUUGCCACGUCAUAACUCGGCUCAGAGUUGAGCUAACUCAUUUUUUCCACCUGGAUCCAGAUCAGCGGCCCCAAAACUACUAAACCUUUUCAGAUUUUGUCCAAAAAAAUCCUUGGGCCCAAGUUUCCUAGCCUAAAAUCCAGUUUCAGUUCGACAAGUGAUACGCAUCUCAACACAAAAUCGCUGCGUUUUGCGUAUGAAAUCAAAAAACUCAUGUAAUCCAUUUUUUUCGAUAGAGAGUAUUGUAGUUUUUUCCCUUCUUCUCCUAUUUUUCUCGUUUGGCAAGGGAAUUUUAGAGCUCGCCGAGCUCUUCAAAAUGAUGUGAAAAUCAGGUUCAGAGCUCCAGGGAGAGCUGAGAAAAUGAGCCUUGAGGCGAAUGGUGUAGCCGGUUAGUGCGUAAGCCUCUGAGUAAGAGGUCGCGGGUUCGAGUCCACCUGGCGACUACUAUUUUUUUUUCAGUAGUUGUCAGGUGGACUCGAACCCGGGACCUUCUGAACAGUAUCAUAGGUACUUACCGGUUGCACCAUUCGAGCUGAUUUUUGCAGCAUUCUAAUCAGCUCGGCGAGCUCUAGAACCCUAUAAUUCCCUUGUCCAAGAGAAAAAACAUUGUAAAUCUGUGAGCAUGAUUUUUUCCACCACCACACACCACCACACCCUUCGCUUUUUUUCUCUCUUCAAAUUUCUUUUUUUUUCGAGCACCGAAAGUUUUUUUUUUCAAUUUUUUUAGUAGUUACACCACCUUUAGACAGCCUGAUUUAUGGAAAUUUGUGGAAAAAAUUUUAAAUCUGAAUUUUUCAGGCCGAGUUCGGGUGGAAGACGAAAUUCGAUGAGUAUACCGCCGGAUGGAAGAGGUGUUGAUUUUAAUAAGGAUUUUGAGCAGCAGGUAGGACAUUUCGGGGGGAAAUUUGAGAAAAUUAUGAAUUUUGAGCCUAGAAAAUCUAAAAUUAGUUUUGCAAUUGCGAGAGAUCAACUUAUUAAUUUACUGUUUCAAAAUUUUAAUUAUUAAAUUUUUGAAACAGUUAUUUUUUUCGAUUUAUGAAAAUUAUUCCGAAUCAAAAAAUUUCGAACCUAAUUGUAUUUCUAAAAAUUUUGAAACAGUGAAAUUUUUGUCAUUUUUCAUUAUCCCAAAAAAAGGAAUUUUGACUGAAUUUGAGCUGGGUCCUUAAGCUGUCGAGCAAAUUUUUUGAAAACCCCAAUUUUAUUUCUACUAAUUUUGAAACAGUUAAUUUUUUCUGACAAAAUUCAAUAAUUUUCGAAAAAAAAAUGUUCUUCAUUUUUCUAAUGUUAUUGGAAUCAAAAAAAAAAAAACAAAUAUUUGAAAACCUAAUUUUAUUUCUGAAAAUUUUGAAACAGUGUUUUUUUUACCAAAAUUUCUAAAAGUUUUAGAAAAAUCUGAUGUUUUGACUGAAAAAUUGAAUUUUUCCUGAAUUUUGCGGCCAAAGCUCAGAUGUUAGCAAUUUUUUUGAAAACUGAUUCUCUUUCUCAACAUGCAACAAAUUUCGAACCUAAUCUUUUAUUUCUGAAAAUUUUGAAACAGUUAAUUUUUUUUACAAAAUUCAAUAAUUUUUGAAAAAAAUUUUCUCAAUUCCUUUGGAAAUUAAAUCAAAAAAAUUCGAAGCUAAGUUUACUUUCAUAAAAUUUUGAAACAGUGAAAUUUUUGGCUCACUUUUCAUUAGCCCAGAAAAAUCUGGAAUUUUGACUGAAUUUGACUCGAAUUUUUCUGUCGACCAAAUUUUUGAAAUCCCAAUUUUAUUUCUGAAAAUUUUGAAACAGUGCAUUUUUUCGAUGAAAAAAUUAAAAUUAAAAAAAAUGUUCUGAUUUUUUCUAUUGUUAAUGGAAUCAAAAAAUUUUCAACCUGGUUUUGUUUUUAAAGGGUGAAAGAGUGAAUUUUUCGAUGAAAAAAAUUCAAUUAUUUUCGAAAAAAAAAUGUUCUUCAUUUUUCUGAUGUUUGUAAGAAAUUCAAAAAAUUUCGUAUCUACUCUUUUAUUUCUGAAAAUUUUAAAACAGUGAAUUUUUUGACCAACAUUUUCAAUAAUUUUAGAAAAAUCUGACGUUUUGACUGAUGGAUUGAAAAUUUUCUGAAUUUUGCGGCCAAAGCUCAGAUGUUGGCAAUUUUUUUUUGAAAACUGAUUCUCUUUCUCAACAUGCAACAAAUUUCGAACCUAAUCUUCCAUUUCUAAAAAUUUUGAAACAGUUAAUUUUUUCUGACAAAAUUCAAUAAUUUUAGAAAAAAGUUUUGACUGAAAAAUUAAAUUUUUUCUGAAUUUUGCAUCCAAAUAGCUUUCAUUGGCAAUUUUUUUAACUAAUUUUAUUUCUGAAAAUUUUGAAACAGUUAUUUUUUAAAGAGAAAAAUUUGAUGAUUUUUGCUGUAAAAUAGAUGCCAUGAUCCAAUCAGAAUUUUCAUGCUAUUUUCAUCAUAAAAUAAUUUUGAAACAGUGCAUUUUUCGUCAACAUUUUUAAUAAUUUUAGAAUAAUCGUUUUUUGCCUGAAAGAUUGAAAAUUUACUGAACUUUGCGUCCAAUGCAUACGAUUUUUAGCAAUUUUUUUUGAAAACUGAUUUUCUUUCUAAUAAUUUUGAAACAGUGCAUUUUUUCAACAACAAAAAAUGAAAUUCUGUAGAAAACUUAUGAAUUUGGGAAAUUUAUGGUUUUCCAGAAAGUUUGGCUGACCAGUUUUCCGAAAAAUUUGAUUUUAAUUUUUGAAAAUUUUGAAACAGUAAAUUUUUUGAAUGAAAAAUUUGAACAGGAAACCAAACAUCAGAAUUAAAAAAAAAAAUUUUUCCCAUAUUUUUGAAACAGUGAAUUUUUCUGACUUUUUUAAACUUAUUGUUAAAAUAUUUAGUUUCACGGGAAUUUAUUUCAAAAUAAUAUUUUUUUUUUCAAGAAAUUUUCGAAACAAUGAAUUUUUGUUGGGAAAAAUUAGUGAAUUGGAAAUGCACACUCAAUACGAACAUCAUUUUUGAACAGUUUUUUUCUCAAAUAAUUUUUGAAACAGUGAAUUAUUUCAAGUAGAAAAUUAUUCAAAAUCAAAUUCUGAAUUCGCCACGUGGAAAAAUUUCGAAAUUUUGAAAACUUUCAUUCAAAAAUCGUAGACUGGGUAUUUUCAAAACUUAAUUUCAACCAGGGUUGGCCAUUUCGCCUCUCUCGCCCGGCGAAAAGGCGAACUUCGCCUCGUUUUUCUUCUUUUUUCUUCAAAAACGAGGCGAAACUCGCCUCUUCGCCGGGCGAGAGAGGCGAAAUGGCCAAAUGGCCAUUUUCAACUUACAAAUUUUUUGAAACAGUGAAUUUUUUGGAGAAAAUUUGGAUAAAAAAUCAAUAGAGAAACAUUUUUCAAAAUCAAUUUUUUAUAUCCAAAAUUUUUGAAACAGUGAAUUAUUUCUAGGACAUGAAAUACGACAGUACCGGAAUGUUCCACUGGUGUCCAAGUCGAAAUCUAGAAGAUUGUGUUUUGGAAAGACAUCAAGCCGCGAUGACAGUAUUAAAUGGACAUGUUGUUGUUUGUCUGUUCGCUGAUCGAGAUUCUCCUUUGAUUGGACUUCGCAAUUUCAUAAUGCCCUUGAGAUCUUCUAACUUCCAUUAUCACGAACUCAAACACGUUGUAAUAGUUGGCGACUUGGAAUAUCUUCGAAAAGAAUGGAAGACCCUAUACAACCUGCCAAAGAUCUCAAUUUUGAAUGGAAGUCCAUUAUCGCGUGCUGAUCUUCGUGCUGUCAACAUCAAUCUUUGCGACAUGUGUGUUAUUAUAUCAGCAAGAGUUCCGAACACUGAAGAUACGACGCUAGCGGAUAAAGAAGCGAUCUUGGCAUCACUUAACAUCAAGGCGAUGCAAUUUGAUGAUACGUUGGGAUUUUUCCCGAUGAGACAUCAGGGAAGUGAGAGAAGCCCGUUGGGAAGUCCGAUUUCUAUGCAGAAGAAGGGAGCGAAAUUUGGCACGAAUGUUCCGAUGAUUACCGAGCUUGUUAAUGAUUCGAAUGUUCAAUUUCUAGAUCAGGAUGAUGAUGAUGAUCCGGAUACUGAACUUUAUUUAACUCAACCUUUCGCGUGUGGAACUGCUUUUGCGAUUUCAGUAUUGGAUUCGUUGAUGAGUACGACAUAUUUCAAUGACUCGGCAUUGACACUUAUCCGAACUCUGGUUACUGGAGGAGCUACCCCUGAACUUGAGUUGAUUCUUGCGGAAGGAGCUGGAUUGAGAGGUGGAUAUUCGACGCCGGAAACACUUGCGAAUCGUGAUCGUUGUCGGAUUGCACAGAUCUCAUUGUUGGAUAAUCCGUAUGAAGGAGUUGGACAUAAUACGACUUAUGGAUCGAUGUUUACGGUGGCUUUGAGAAGAUAUGGACAAUUGUGUAUUGGACUUUAUCGAUUGCAUGAUCAGGAUAAUCCGGAUUCGAUGAAACGAUAUGUGAUUACGAAUCCGCCGGCUGAGUUGAGGAUCAGGAAUACGGAUUAUGUAAGGGUUUUUUUUGGAGGGGGGGGGGGGGAUUUAUUUUGAAAAUUUUCUGAAAUGUUCAGUCAAAAUUUAAAAAAAUUUUAUAUGCUCUGAAAUUUGGCUGGUAAAAAUCAAACCUCGUAAAAUCUCAGAAAAAUUAUAUAAAUUUUUUGAAACAGUGAAAAAAUAUUUUAAAUAAAGAAUCAAACUGUGGAAAUCACAAAAAUUCUUAUGAAAAAUUUGAAACAGUGAGAAAAUUUCUAUGAAAACAUUUUGAAACAGUAAUUUUUUCUUGAAUUUUUUCAAGCCAAAUGAUUGAAUAAAAUUUGAAUUUUAAGUUUUUUUCCUGAAAUUGAAGCCUCUCGAAAUCAUAUUCAGAAUUUCAGAAAUUUUCGGCCAAAAUUUGAUCUGAAAAAAUUUUAAUAAGCUCUGAAAUUUGGCUUUAAAACUUGGGUUACUGUAGCAAUUUUCAACGCCAAAAAAUUUGAAAUACUGUGGAUUUUUGGAAAUCUCUGAGAAAGCUGAUAAAAAUCAAACCUCGUAAAAUCUCAGAAAAAGUAUGUAGAUUUUUUGAAACAGUGAGAAAAUGUGAGUUUUUUUUUUUAUUUUUCGAUGCUCAAAGGCCGUAUCAAUUCUCAAAAUCACAGAAAAGCUAUACAGAAAUUCUGAAACAGUGAAAAAAUUUGGAUAAAUUUUGAAAAGUAGAAAAUUUCUAUGAAAAAAUUUUGAAACAGUAAUUUUUCCUUGAAUUUUUUCAAGUCAAAUAAUUGAAUCUUCAGAUCAAAUUUGAAUUCCAAAUUUUUUUUCAUAAAAUUAUCGCAAAGAAAAUUCACAUAACAAUUUUUGAGACGUUGAGAAAUUUCAGAUUUUUUGAAUACACAAAACCUAUCUCAUUAAAAUCUCUGAAAAUCACGAAAAAUCACAUAGAAAUUUUGAAACAGUGAAUUUUAUUAAUUAAUUUUCAUUUGGACAUUCUACGAAAACCGUAACCUAUUCAAAGAUUACAAAAAAGAAAUCAAAUAUUAUUGAAACAGUGAAUUUUUUCGCAGCUAAAAAACACAAAAAAACCCCAAUUUUUUGCAGGUCUACGUUCUCGAACAAUUCGAUCCAGGUCUAGAAUAUGAGCCAGGAAAACGACAAUUCUAG